GUGUGUGUCUCUGUGUGUGUGUGUGUGUGUGUGUAAUCUGUGUGUGUUUCUAAGUUACCACUCUGCCCUGUUUUGAUCUGAGAGCUUCUCUUUACUUCUGUAAUCCCGCCAACCGCCCGUCUCCGUCCACCACUCCAUCCAGGGGAUUGACUGCCAUUAAGAGAUGGCUUUUUGGUGUGUGUGUGUGUGUGUGUGUGUGUGUGUGUGUGUGUGUGUGUGUGUGUGUGUGUGUGUGUGUGUGUGUGUGUGUGUCAUAGUAUACAGGAGGGGGGAGGAUGAAGUGUAAAAACACAACCACACACACUGAGAAGUGCGUCAGGCAGAAGCAUCAGUGUUGCCGUUGCAGGCUGAUGUGGGACGAGCAGGAUGGACACACCAGGCACCGAUACUUGGACCGGGACUUUUAACCCACAUGGAUGCAACCAUCUGGAAAGAUCUACAGGUCCAUCAGACCGCCGUUAAUCCUGGCAUGUCCCAGAUGAGAGACUACAGUAAUGACUGUCAUCACUUUCACUGUCUCGGUGCUGUGCCUGCUGCCCCCGGCGGUGCUGGCCCGGUGGUCGUGCGUCCGGGCGUGUCCGCCGCCCUGCUCCUGCACCCAGGAGAAGAGCUGCACGGUGCUGUGCGACCGCUCCAGCAUCUCGGAGCUGCCCAAAGAGUUCCCCUGCGAGGCGUCCGCCAUCAACCUGGACAAGAACAAACUCAAGUUCCUGUCGGAGCGGGCCUUCGGCACGCUGCCCUCCCUCAAGACGCUCUCUCUGGACCACAACAACAUCUCCUUCAUCACCCCCGGGGCCUUCAAGGGCCUUCCCAACCUGGUGGAGCUGAGAAUGGCGCACAAUGACUACAUCAGUUACCUUCACACACGGGCGUUCACGGGGCUGAAGAAGCUGGUGCGUCUGGACCUGUCAGACUGUAACCUCUUCAACAUCCCGGACCGCAUCUUCCUGGAGCAAACCGCGCUGAAGGAGCUGCUCUGCUUCCAGAACAACUUUAGGAGGAUCCCCGGGGCGUUCAGAGGCAUGGAAAACCUGACGCACAUCUACCUGGAGAGGAACCGGAUCGAGGCGGUGGCCUACAACUCCCUGCUGGGCCUGGGCAGUCUCAAGUACCUGAACCUCCAGGAAAACCGCAUCAACGUGAUCCACGACCAGUCCUUCCAGGACCUCUUGCGGCUGGAGAACUUCUACCUCAACGACAACGUGCUGUGUGACCUGCCGCGGCACGCCUUCAAGGGCCUCGUCCGCCUCAAGAUGCUCAACCUCGGGGGGAACCUGCUGACCAACGUGUCCAAGACCUGGUUCGGUGACCUGGUGGAGCUGGAGGUCCUGUACCUGGACAGGAACCAGCUGGUCUACAUCGAGGAAGGCACAUUUGAGAAUCUGACCAGCCUGAUCACGCUCCACCUGAACAGCAACAACCUCACCACCCUUCCCUUCCCCGUCUUCCAGCCCGUCUACUUCCUGGGCCGCCUCUACCUCUUCCGAAACCCCUGGGAGUGCGACUGCUCCCUGGAGUGGCUGAAGGAGUGGAUGGAAAGCUACAAGCUGGUGCGGGACAUCCCGUGCGCCUCGCCUUCCUCCGUGGCGGGGCUGGAUCUCAGCGAGGUGGUUUUCGCCAAGGUGAACGGCACGUGCGUGGACCCCGGAGAGCUGAACCUGACCACGGUGUCGUCGGAGAUAGCCUCCACCACGGAAAACCGCUUCAACAGCCUCAUUUCCAAGCUGCUGCAGCAGGAGCUCCGAGAGGAGAUGGGGAACGGGACGGAGAGCCUCCGCAACGGGACCCUGCCCGAGGACGGGCAGCUGUCUGCGGGGGUCGGAGGGCGGCAUGCCCAGGCACGCCGAUCGCUCCUCGGCUUCACCGUAGCGUGGCUCAUCUUUGGUUUGAUUGGCCGCUCAGAUAUUAAUCACAGUCUUUCUUGCACAUGAGGACUUUGGCUUCCUGACCCACAGAAACAACAAGGGGUAGCUUUUUUUGUUAAAUUGCCGAUGAGAUAAAAGAUGUUUUCAGCACACAGGAAUGCUGUUCCUUUCACGUGUGGUUGCUGGUGCGAGUUUUUCCCGCCAAAACGCAAUUCUUCACAUGGAAAGACUGGCGGCGGCAUUUAGUUCCACGCGAGCUGUUUCUAUACGAUAAUCUAGGAUAUUUAUAGAUGACACAUCUGAUGCAUAUUGUUCAUCGUAGGUUAUAUAUGAACAGCUCUGCCAAAGCUGUACGCUUGCAGGAUUGACUUCUACCGUGUGGAUUUCAAACUGUGGAUUACUGUGACGAAGUGAUGAAAAUGUACAUGUGAACAUCCACCUUUUGUUGCAUAAUGCUCAAUUUUAAUUCAACAUUACGUAAUAUUCGUAGCAUUACAUAGUCUGUUACGAGUGUUUUCUCUCUUUUUUUUGUAUUUUCAUUGACAUCUAUGUGUAAAGUUAAAGGAGAUAAGAGCUCCUGUAGUUAUCUCCUAAACAGAUGUCCUCUCUGCUCUAAAUGUGGGUUCUGCAGCUUUUCCAUAAAUGCAUUAAUCUUCUUAUUGCAUGCAGGCUCAGUGUCGUUGCCGCUUGUGUUCGCUGCAGCGUAAUGGAGGGACUCUCUCGUUCCUCCGAUGCCCCUCAUGGACAUGACCUCUCUUUAUAGGGCGGGUGUGAUUGCCAUAUGGCAGGUUGUGGAUGGGGGAGGGGGAAAGUGUCAACGCAUGUCAGUUCCCUUUGGGAUAAUAAAAGUAGGGCUGCAACUAACGAUUACUUUCAUUGUCGAUUAUUAAUGCCGAUUAUUUUCUCGAUUGUAACGCCCUGCAGUGCCCUGCUACACCAUGAACU